AUGGUCACCAGAUCGUACUCAACCUGCCAACAAUUUUUUUCACCAUUAAUUUCCAUCCAAAGACGCUUUCCAAUAAACUUUCCUUCCCAGUCUGUACUUAGCCCCCAUCUCGACCUAUUCCCCCGCGUUGAAACAGUAUUAAAACUGCAUCGGUCUUUAAUCGCCUUUAGGUGCUUUCCCCGAUUGCUACAUCGAAAUUAAUAACAAAUUUUUGUAGGUGUGGCCAACUCACCGGACACGAGAAGAAAAGGUAUGGAUGUUUUUACUCAAUUAUGCCAAACAGGCUGAAUGGCGUGUGGUGACCCACUAAGUCAUGCCAGUGAAACUUUUGUAAAAUGUGUCAACGAUGCCAUCCCGAUAUACAAUGAUAAUGAUCAUGAUCAUUAAGAAUUGGUAUGUGAACUUGUGUACUAAGUAGCUGCUAGCCCAUUCGCCUGCUUGCUCUGAGCGCCACCUAUGGAGGCUAAGAUACUACAGCUCACAUUUCGCCAGCAUGAUUUAUGGGCUUCAAGCUAA